GGCCAUAUGAAGAUCUACGAGCAGUAGAGAUACUCUUAUUCAGUAAUUAACCCUGUCCUGCUGAUAGCAUCAGUAGCUCAGUGAGCACCCAGCUGGAGUGUAGCUUACGAUUAGUGGCAAAUCCAAUGCGUAUCGGUCGACUAAAACAAAUACUACAAUUACUGCAGUCUACUGCUCCAAAUUAGCAGUGCCCAAUCCCAACGCACGCCCAGGCCCAGGUAUAGUUUUCAACUCCUCCUACCUAGCCUGUGGAUUCGCGUUGCAUCUCAAGCUAGCAGGGAGACACGAGACAGAGAAAUGCAGCAACGCAAGGCCAAGGUUGUCUGGGGUGGCGCCGAGAGCGCGGCGGCGCAGGAGAUCCCGGCGUCGUCGCAGCUGGCGAUGGCACACAACAGCAGCUGGCCUGAGGGCGAAGGGGCUCCGGAGCACUCACCAGUGCCGCGGAAGAAGAGGCUUUCCCUGGACGAGAAGCGAUGGAACACGGUGGUCAACGUCAUGCUUGUCGCCUUCGUCAUGGCCGUGCCGCCGGUCGUCGUCGUUUUCGCUGGGGGCGGCAUUGCGCCCGCGGUCUGGAUCGCGGCCGCCAAGGCCCAGCUACGCCGAGGUUCCGGCGAUGGCCCACCAGACAGACUUCUCGGCGGCCUCCUGGCCGAUGGACUCGAUGAGAGAACGUGCCGCAGCAGGUACGAGUCCUCCCUGUACAGCCGGAGGCCGGCACGGCGACCUUCACCGCACCUCAUAGCAAAGCUGCGGAGACACGAAGAGCUCCAGAGACGGUGCGGGCCGAACACCGACGCGUACAGCCGCGCCGUCCAGCAGCUGAGGGCCGGCAAAAGCGUGGGCUCGCCCGAGUGCAAGUACGUCGUCUCCAUCUCGUACCGUGGCCUCGGCAACCGCAUCCUGGCCGCCGCGUCGGCGUUCCUCUACGCGGUGCUCACCGACCGCGUCCUCCUCGUGGACCCCAGCAACGACAUGGGCGAGCUCUUCUGUGAGCCUUUCCCCGGCACGACGUGGCUGCUGCCGCGGGAGUUCCCCCUCGCGAGCUACACUAACUUCAGCAUCGACACCGCCGAGAGCUACGGCAACAUGCUGAAGAACAGGGUGCUCAGGGCCGACGUGCCGCCGCCGCCGACGGAGACGCAGUUGCCGGCGUUCGUGUACCUCCACCUCGACCACGACUACGGCGACGAGGACAAGAUGUUCUUCUGCGACGACGACCAGCGGCUGCUGUCGAGCGUGCAGUGGCUGGUCAUGAGGACCGACAUGUACACCGUGCCGGGGCUGUUCCUGGUCGCGGCGUUCCAGGAGGAGCUCGACGUGCUGUUCCCGGAGCGCGACGCCGUGUUCCACCACCUGGCGCGGUACCUGUUCCAUCCGACCAACCGCGUCUGGGGCCUCGUCACGCGGUACUACCGCGCGUACCUCGCGCGGGCGGAGCUCCGUCUGGGCGUCCAGGUGCGCAACUUCGAUCCCUGGGCGCAGCAGUCGCCGGUCGUUCUCCGGCAGAUCACGUCGUGCCUGUGGAGGGAGAAACUGCUCCCGGAGGUUCUUGACACGGAAGAGCACGCCGUGCCGGCGCCGGGCGGCGCCAGAACCACGGCCGUUCUGGUCACCUCUCUCCGGUCGUGGUACUACGAGCGCAUCAAGGGGCUGUACUGGGAUCAAGCGACGGCGACCGGCGAGGACGUGAGCGUGCACCAGCCCAGCCACGAGGGGCAGCAGCAGUACGGCAAGAAGUCGCACGACGACCGGGCCUGGGCGGAGAUGUACCUGCUGAGCCUGUGCGACGUGCUGGUGACCAGCGGCUGGUCCACGUUCGGGUACGUGGCGCAGGGGCUCGGCGGCAUGACGCCGUGGGUGUUGCACAAGCCCACGAAUGCCACGUCGCCGCCGGACCCGCCGUGCUUCCGGGAUGUGUCCAUGGAGCCGUGCUUCCAUGCGCCGCACGUCUACGACUGCAAGCUCAAGCGUGGAGCCGACACAGGGAAAAUGCUGCCGCACGUCAGGAACUGCGAGGAUGUGAGCUGGGGACUGAAACUUGUCGAUACAAAGUUGUACAGAUCUUGAAAUUUCAGAACAGAUUUGAUUACCAGGUGCUGACCAGUGGCAGGGUUCAGCUUGCUUAGCUUUGAUUACCAAAAAUCCCAGGAACGUGCCGUCAGGAACUACAAAACCAUGGAAAUGGAGUUUUCUGCUGAUUGUUUCUUAGACAUGUGCAGAUCAGGGUCUAAAUUCCUAAGGCGUUAUUUGGCUGUACAUCAAUUCACCUCGCUCGCUCUUAAAUCUCAAUCAUAUGAAUGAAGGUUGAUUGCAGUGCAACUAAACGAGUUCUAAAUUCUAAUAUAUGGCUUUAUGCCGUUAUCCUA